AUGGACCUGCCGCCCGGCCUCGCGUCGUCCUCCGGCCCGCCGGGCCUGCACUGCCCGCCGGCCAAGAAGGCGCGCACGGACGGCCUGCCUUCGUGGCGGUGCCCCUACCUCGACACGAUCAACCGCCACCUCCUCGACUUCGACUUCGAGAAGGUCUGCUCCCAGUCGCUGACGAACCAGAACGUCUACAGCUGCCUCGUCUGCGGCAAGUUCUUCCAGGGCCGCGGGCGCCACACGCACGCCUACACGCACAGUACGCAGACGGGCCACCACAUGUUCAUCAACCUCGAGACGUGCCGCAUCUACUGUCUGCCCGAGAACUACGAGGUCGUCGACAGCUCGCUCGACGACGUCGUGCGGUGCCUGCGCCCCGUCUUCGGGCCCGAGCGCAUCGGCGCGCUCGACGGCACGACGACGCUGGCCCGCGACGUCCACGGCGUCGCCUACCUGCCGGGCUUCUGCGGCCUGAACAACCUGAAGAAGACGGACUACGUCAACGUCGUCGUGCACGCGCUCGCGCACGUCGCGCCGCUGCGCGACUUCUUCCUGCGGCCGGAGAACUACGCGCACUGCCCGGCGCCCCUCGUGCACAAGUUCGGCGAGCUGCUGCGCAAGCUCUGGAGCCGGGACAACUUCAAGUCGGUCAUCUCGCCGCACGAGCUCGUGCAGGAGAUCACCGUCGCGUCGAAGCUGCGCUUCCAGAUCGGCGAGACGUCCGACGCCGCGGAUUUCCUGGUGUGGUUCCUCAACGAGCUCCACCGGAGCUUGGGGGGCACGCGGAAGCGCGGGUCGUCGGUGAUCCACGACGCGUUCCAGGGCGACGUCCGCGUCGAGACGCUGAGCCGGCGCACGCACCUGACGAAGCGCGACGAGGCCGACGUCGACGACACGGCCGUGUCCGCCGAGGCCCAGGGCUGGAAGCGCGACGAGCGCGACCUGCCGUUCCUCUACCUGACGCUGGACGUCCCCGCGACGCCGCUCUUCAAGGACACGCAGGGCGGCAACAUCGUGCCCCAGAUCCCCCUCUUCGACGUGCUCACGAAAUACAACGGCGUCAAGCUUUCGGAUUCUGUCAAGUCGGGCGUGCAGUCGCGCAAGCGCUACGUCAUCCGCCGCCUGCCCAAGUACCUCAUCUUCCACUUCGCGCGCUUCACGAAGAACAACUUCGCCGACUCGGAGAAGAACCCGACCAUCGUCCACAUCCCCGUCAAGGAUUUGGAGCUCAGGGACCAGUUCGCCCUCGAGGGCGAGGCCGCGGCCGAGGGCGCCAAGACCAAGUACGACCUCUGCGCGAACGCGUGCCACGACCUGCCCAUGGGCCUCAACAAGGACCAGCGCGCGGACCCGCUCCAGCACGGCACCUACCGCGUCCACGUCCGCCAGGCCACGUCGGACCAGUGGUACGAGAUCCAGGACCUCCACCGCGCGGCCAUGUACUACGACAACCCCGGCGGGCGGCCGCAGUCGGCGCACAUGACGCGCACGGGCUCGCGCACGGGCUUCGGCCAGCGCGAGUCCAUCGGGAACCCGCUGAACCUGUCGCUGGGCCGCAUCCGGCCCAUGAGCGCGAGCACGAGCCGCACGUCCUUCGUGCCCGGCGCGUCGGCGAAGAGCGACCACAGCGCGCCGCCGCCGCCCAUGUACGCCAAGGAGGAGCCCCAGGUGCAGAGCGGCUACUUCGUGCCCGCGCGCGAGGCCGGCGCGAGCCUCCGGUUCUUCGCGUACUUCGAGGAGCCCAUCCUGCAGUACAACUCGCGGUCCGUGCCCUACCACACGAACCGCAUCCACAAGUGCAUCAUCACCUUCCACCCCAAGGACGCCACCGUGGGCGUCGACGAGCCCAAGGUCCGCAACAGCGGCUACAUGCAGGGCAAGCUGCUCAAGCGGUCGCACGUCAAGCACCCGGACGGCCGCAAGUUCACGCCCGGCGACUUCGUCAUCGGCGAGGAGGUGACCAUCUUCGGCCGCACCUUCACCAUCGUCGACGCCGACCUGGGCACGCGCCGCGUCUACGAGCGCGCGUACGGCGAAGCGCUCGGCCCCGCGCUCGACAUGCCCGACGACGGCUUCGCCGCGGAGCGCGCGCGGUCCGAGAUCAAGUACAAGCAGGCGGGCCAGGACAUCGAGCGGCCGACGUCGGCGCCGGCCAUGCGGAGCCAGCGGAGCGCGACCGUCGCCGGCCACGAGGUGCUCCGCUUCUUCUGCGCGUACCAGGACGACCGCCGCGACGGCGACCGCGACCGCCGCUACACGAUGCACUACUUCUGCACGGACGACACCAUCGAGAUCAAGGAGGUGGCCACGGAGGGCGUCCAGCGCUUCCCCAAUUUGCUGCGCCGGUCGCGGCUCCCGAAGGAGGCGUUCUGGAACCCGGACAACCCGCUCGUCGACAACAACGAGCCGCGGCAGGUGAACUGGAAGGAUUUGAAGUGCGGCGGGUCGCUGUUGGUCUGGGGGCGGCCGCUCCUCAUGCUCUCCUGCGACCGGUCCACGGAGGCCUGGUACCAGAAGCGCGGCAUCACGCAGGAGCCGUUGCAGAUCGCGCCGGACGACGGCGACAAGUUCCCGCAGACGCUGCCGCCCUUCAACGGCUACGGCGCGGAGAACGACCUCUACGCCAUGGGCCUGUCGCUCCAGCCGCGCGUCAUCAAGUCGACGCAGCAGGACUACCAGCGCUUCAUCAAGGCGGACAACAAAGUUCUACGCUUCGAGUGCGUCUUCGGGCACCGCGGCGUGUCCGAGCUCGACAAGAAGCGGUCCUUCGUCGUCAACUACCACCUGGGCGACGACACGAUCAUGGUCUACGAGCCGCCCGUGCGCAACAGCGGCCUCGAGGGCGGCGUCUUCCUCAGCCGCGGCCGCUACAAGAAGCACAUCCCGGACCAGCGGUCCAUCGGCAAGAAGGGCGCGGGCUCCGUGCUCUCGCGCUGGCUCCGGCCCGCCGACUUCUUCGACGGCAACAUCGUCUCCUUCGAGGCGCCGGCGACGGGGCGGCUGCUCCAGACGUUCCGCGUCGUCCGCGCGGACGACUACACGAAGCGCGUCGAGGAGGAGAAGAAGCUCGCCGCGGGGUCCAAGCACGCCAUCAUCCUCGAGCAGCUCGCGGAGAAGCUCUGCGCCGCGCGCAUCCAGGUGCGGAGUACCUUCGCGGACCGCGACGCCGCGAAGACGCGGACGCUGCCCGAGGCCGACUUCAAGAAGGCCGUCGAGGACAUGGAGCAGCAGUCCCUCGCGCUCACGCGGGGGUCCAAGACCGUCGACGACGACGUCUUAGGCCAGCUCUGCUGGGCCUACGGCGAGCCGGGGCCCGGCGGCGACGUCGUCGUCCGCUACGACGACUUCGUCGACGCCUUGGUGCUCGCGGCGCCCAUGCCCAAGGUCCCGGAGCGCACGGCGUCGUCGACGACGACCGUGACGUCGCGGGCGCUGGAGAAGGAGCUCGUGACGGCCCUGCGGCUCCAGAUCGGCGAGGCGAACGCGGGCAACGGCCUGCUCCGCGCGUCGUUCCGCGCGGAGGACCGCGACGGCCACGGCACGGUGGACGGCGACGCCUGGUUCCGCGUGCUGCGCAAGCACAAGCUCCACGGCGUGCUGAGCCGCGCCGAGGCGAACACGCUCAAGCAGCGCUACACGGAGCCGUCCAUGCUCCACGCGGGCGUCGAGUACGAGCGGCUCUGCGACAAGGUCUACGAGGGCGACUUCUCCGACUACAUGGCGGCUUUACUCAUGAUCCUGCCGGAGCGCGGCGACAUCGGCGCCGUCGACCUCGACAAGUACCGCGAGCACCUCACGGGCGGCAACAAGAUCCCGACCGUGCGCAACUACCUCGACAAGGUCAACGUGACCAUGCGCGACUGCGACGGCGACGUCCAGAAGAAGCUCAAGAACUGCCUCCGGGCCUUUUCCUCCGCCUUCGGCCGCAACCACCGCAAGAAGAUGCUCCGCAAGCACCUCAUGGCCUUCGACGUGUCCAACACGGGCACGUGCCACCGCGACGAGUUCGUCGGCUCCGUGAAGCGCAUCAUCGACGACGGCUACUGCGAGCUCGACACGCGCGAGCAGACGCUGCUAUUCCAGCACAUCUUCCCCCACCCCUGGACGCGACAACCGACGGACACGCUCCUGACGAUGCUCGUGUCGCGCGACGUCAAGGGCGUCAUGCGCAUGCACCAGGCCGCCAUGAAGCAGGAGGAGGACCCCCGCUUCCUCUUCCGAUGA